AUCGCUCCGUCCUCGAUGCUGAGCAGGUCGAUCUGCAAAGGUAGGUUCGUAUAAAACUUUGGUGAUGUCUGCUUCAAUUACUUCCCUCGUCAAACUUGAGGAAGCAUCAUGUUCUUCUUCAAUGCUCUUCCCCAUCUGGGCCUCUUGACCUCACUUGUAUCAGCCCAAUACUCUGAUGCAACCAACAGUACUUCUGGUGCAGGUGCAACUACAUACACAAACCCCAUUCUCAAUGAAGUCGGCGCAGAUCCGUGGGUCAUUCGUCAUGGCGAUUACUACUACAUGACAUACACUACCAACACGAACAUCACCAUGCUUCGCAGCUCCGUUCUGACGGACUGGGACAAUGCGGACGUCAAACUGGCCUUCGACCCUCCUCCGGGUAUGAACUACUCGACUGAUUUGUGGGCUCCCGAGUUGCACCAGAUCGAUGACACUUGGUACAUUAUCUUUACUGCCGAUCCCAACUUUGAUACACCUUCGCCUGAGAUUGAUAUGUGGUGUGACUACAACUGUCCUGCUGUCUAUCACCGCAUGUAUGUUCUCGAGGGCUCAUCUUCGGACCCAUGGAACUCGACAUAUACACUCAAAUCGCAGCUCAACACAUACGAUCAAUUUGCCAUCGACGGUACAUAUUUCCAACAUGAUUCUGGCUUGUACCACAUCUACAGCUGCUGGUACCGUCAAUACGAUGCUUGGCCAGCAAACCUUUGCAUCACCAAGAUGUCAGAUCCUUGGACAGUAGAAAGUAACUUUACAGAGCGCCAGAUUAUCAGUAUCCCGGACAACCCUUGGGAAAAGACACCAUAUGGUCGUCCUUUCAAUCAACGUCUAUCGUCCAACGAAGGACCGCAGCAACUUACCAACCCCACGACUGGACAGCAAUUUGUGAUCUACAGUGCUGCUCGCUCAGACAAUCGUAAUUACUGCCUGGGCCAACUGGAACUCGUUGGCGACGACCCGAUGAACCCUUCUGAUUGGCGCAAGAACAACCAAGGCUGUGUAUUCUACCAGAAUCCCAAGCAAGAAGCAUAUGGAGUUGGCCACGCUAGUUUCACCAAGAGCCCUGAUGGCACCGAGGACUGGAUUAUCUACCAUGGAAUGAGAGACCCUACGAAUGGCUGGAGUGCAAGAACCAUCAGAGCUCAGCAGUUUACAUGGAAUGCUGAUGGCUCGCCCAAGUUCCCCCGACCUGGUUAUGGUCCUUACCAAGUGCCUUCGGGGCAGGUCUAGUGGGCAUGCAGUCAAGUGUUUAUGAAUCAAGUAGAACGGAAACAAGAGCACCUACCUGUUGUAGCCCAUAUAAUCGAAGCGUGAGUCAGCGAAGUU